AUCAACAUCAUGUCUUGGGACAUUCGGGAUCGCUAUUUAUGGCUGGGCUUUGGCGCCUUUCUCUUCGUGGCCGUCAAAGGCAUCUCGCAAACCCUCAAGACUACCAUUAGAUUAAGCGAGGUUUAUGAUCCGGACCAUGCAAAAGCAGCAAACGAUAUCCAAGCAGAAGACUCAAUAAGUCUGGAGGCUUUAGCGACCUUGGUCACUUCACCAAAUCAAGACAUAUCAAGCUCCGCAACCUCUCUCAUCCUCUCCCGCUUUACUCAAGACCCCUCCGCCUGCAAAACACUAACAACCGACCUCUUCUCCUCCACCCCUUCCACCCGCCAUAAAGCAAAAGAAGUCCUCUACCUCUUCGACUCUCUAUCCCUAGACCUUUACCCCUUCGACGACGCCUCCGUCUCUAACCUCCACGAUAAAUCAGACCGAAGGCUUCAACACGCUUGUCAAGCUUACUUUUACGCGACCAGAAAGUAUAGACAAGGGAGGUUGAAUGCGCUGGUGCAGGUGGCGGAGAUGGUGGAGGAUUCCAUGAGGGCGGGGCAGAGUGUGAGGAGGGUGAGGAGGGAGGCUGUGGAGAGCCAUUUCGUGUUUCCUGGACAGGGAGAUGAAAGUGGAGAAGAGGGGGAGAUGGUGGCGGCGAGAUUUCAACCUGUAUCGCAGAGGGUGGAGUCAUUGGUUGAUAUGUUGGCUGAGCAGGCGGUAACAACACGGCCGUUGGUGAGGUUUGCUUCUUCUGGUGAACAGUCCACUGCUUCUUCUACGACGUCUGAGUUGCCGGCUUUGGAGGAGGUGGAUCCGAAUGAAGAUACGGCUGGCAGUGCUAGAUUGAGGCGUCAUGCUCAGUCUAAUCAUGAGGCAGAAGCGAGAAGACGGAGAAGGGAAGCCAUGGUCUUGCAUGAAGGUGGUGGAAGGAUUGGAAUGGAGGAUAUACAUCAUCCGCGUACGGAUGGUCGAUCUUGACUUGACGACGUUCAAGCCAGAAAGCGAGGCCUUAGUCAUGACUAGCCGACCAGUACUGGUAAUAGGUUUGACGAAAACUCGAAGCUUUGGAAAGUUAUUCUUGUUAUUAAUUCAAUGUCUGACAUCCAUGUUAAUGGU